UUGGCUGACGCACGCACGCACGGUUGUUCUGUUUGUCCACCACCAUCUUCUCUGAUUCUAAAGCUGCUGCUGGAUCAGCAAUCUCAAGACAAGUCAAUGACACUUCAUGAAAAUUUCAAAAUACCCAUACCCUCAUCAUGUAAUUUGUAAGGUUCAGUUCCAAGAAACGAAAAUUGAAAAAAAAAUAUUAGGGUUCAUUUACUACAAGCCAGGCCAAGAAACAAAGACUUAGGCAAUCACUUGUUGAAUUGUCUUGCUGCCGAGUCUGGCUCAAACUUUUUACAUUCAUGUGCUUGGUAAUUGGAGGUGAAUAAGGACAUGUCUUCUGAUACUGCAAGAGAAAAUACAUCUGUAGUUGAUUCGUCAGUGACUGAAUGGAAAAAUGACAUGGGAAAUUCAGAUGAUUUAGAGAACGAGUAUGGCUAUCCGAUUAGGUCACAAGAACUAGAGCAUUUCAAGGUAGCGGACAAAAGGGGCAAAUUAUGUAAUACAAGAUAUUUCAUUAUUAAGAGUUUGAACCACCAAAAUAUUCAACUAUCGAUUGAAAAAGGAAUUUGGGCUACUCAGGUCAUGAAUGAGCCAAUUCUGGAAGAAGCUUUUCAUAAUUCUGGCAGUGUUAUUUUGAUAUUUAGUGUCAACAUGAGUGGUUUCUUCCAAGGUUAUGCCCAAAUGAUGUCUUCUGUCGGAUGGAGACGAGAUAAUGUUUGGAGCCAAGGAAGUGGUAAAGGUAAACCUUGGGGCCGGAGUUUUAAGGUCAAAUGGCUUUGCUUAAAUCACCUGCCCUUCCAAAAGACUUUACACCUUAAGAACCCAUUGAAUGGCUACAAACCAGUCAAAAUCAGCAGAGAUUGCCAGGAACUACCUCAAGAUAUAGGAGAAGUUCUUUGUGAGCUGCUUGAUGUGAGUAACGAUGUGGAUGUUUCACUGAACAGGGAUGAUCUAGCCUCGAAAAGGCCUAGCCUAGAAUCUCCAUAUUCUUUAGGAGAUGAAGAUAAUAAUGUGCCUCAAUUGCACAUGUCUUGGGCCGUUACACCCAUGCCUUACAAUCCCUGUCUUUAUUCACAUACGUUGGCUACCGACUGUUUUCCUACCACUAUGGGAGCAUCAAAAGUUGCAAAAAGCCCUCUUGCUAGUACAUUGACCGAGGAUGAUUUCCUUGAAAUGACAUAUGAAGAGUACCUAGAAGCCCAUGGCAGAAUCAGCAAACAACUAUGCCACCAUGUGACGACACCAUCUCAGACAGUACAAGAGUCGACAAGUGGAAAGCAUGGAGAUUAUUCAAACUCAGGUUUGGUAACUGACUAUCACCAUUCUCGCAAGAGGAAACAUAACACACCCUAGGGUUUUUUUCCAGCUCCACUGCAGGAGGUGCAUAGUUUGUCCAUUUUCAUCUGAUGUAGCACAAGAUUACCUCAUGGUGGUUAUUUAGUGCAAGUAAAAAUUGUUCUUCAAUCGAUACUUGAGAUGCGAUUUAGACUCUUAAUUUUUUCAUGUUGUACACAUUUAUGUACUUAUUCUAUGAACUGAUUAUAGAAUUUUUACAAGGGGAAGAUUGCAAACUUGUACAUAAAUCAACGGCAAUACAUGCCCCAACUCCUUUAACA